CCCAUGACUGCCCUGCUAGCUAACACCAACUGAAGCUAACCUGACUAGAAGAGGGAGGAGGAGGAUCAGGAAGUAAGAAGACAGCGGCGGGUUUGCACGUCCCGAGCCUCCGGUUUAGCAGCCUGGUCUUUUUAGUUCACCAAUCUUGAGAUUGAAAGAUGGCGACCAGCUCGGAGCGCAGUCCUCCUCCGUUCCCCGACUCCGAGGACCAAGAUGUGCUGGACACCGAAGAAGUCAGAGGCCGAGACAGUGAUGAAGACGACGGGGACGACCUCUUCAUGAGCGUAAGUAGCCCUCCACUGACCGACAUGGACACCACGCUGCCACCUGCCAGUCAAUCCAGUGAUGUUUUAAUGAAGCCUCCCACUGACAUCAUGAACGAUCCAUUAAUUGAGCCCAUCAGCAGCCAAACAGAAAACAAACCAGCGAGAGAAGUUGUCAGUGAACCCUCAGAUGAAUUUGUUGACCUAACAAACAACAUAAUCGAAGCAGCAGCCGACAGCGUCGCAGCUGCAGCAAAAGACACAACUGAAAUCUCUUUGGAUGAACCUUCAGAUGAUUUUGUUGACAUAUUGGGAAGUGAAACUGAGGCACCACGAGAGGAUGUGGUGACAGCGGCUGUUACUGCUGAAGCAGCAACGGACAAAAGUGAAGUGACGGGCAGCGUUACAGAUCCACCUAGCGACAGGAAACAGGAAGUAACAGAAACUUCUACUACUCCAAUUAUCGACCUCAGUGGUGAUUCCUCAGCCAGUAACACACAGCAGCCACCUGGCUCUGACAAAAUUGUUGACCCUCUGGGUGACCUCCUGGGUGAUGCUCCAUUCGCUGCUCCUCUCGCUGCUCCACUUGCUGUUCCACUUGCUGUUCCACUUGCUGCUCCACCUGCCACUGAUGCCAAAAAACCCAGCAGGGCAACAGACCUGUUCGAGGAUGAGGGAAGCGACUUGUUUGCAGAAUCACGGCAGACUAAACCUGCCAAGCAGCCACAGAAAAGCCUCUUUGGUGAACCUGACGAGGAUUUGUUCGGUGAACCACUGGGUGCCACCUCAAAGAAAACCAUCAAUAAAGAGCAGAAGGACAAAUCUGUCACAACCAAAGCUGCUGCUGCUGCUGCCGGUGAUGUUAUCAACGUAGCUGGACCUCUGCAAGAGAGUAAUCCUGCAGAACCUGCUGACAUCUUCACUGAAGAAGCUGUCGCCACAGUGCCCAGCAUCAGCAACACCAGCACUGUCAACUCUAAGACCAAUGGACUCCACUCUGAGGAGGAGACGGACAUCUUUGCUGAAGCCACAGUGGAGCUUUCUCUCGACAGUCCACGGAACGAGAGAAAGAAGGAGGUGCAAGCCAAACCGUCUGCGUCUGCCCCCACACUGUCAGCAGCUGCCAGCCUGGCCAAGCCACAGUCUGCUGCCCUUGAGGAGUUGGAAGAAGAAGAAGAAGAGGAGCAGGAAGACAAAUUUGACAUCUUUGUCUCUGUCAAAGACCCUGAAAAAAUAGGGGACGGGAUGAACGCUUACAUGGCCUAUAAAGUAACCACACAGACCACACUACCCAUGUUCCGCAACAAGACAUUCACAGUCAGGCGACGCUUCAGCGACUUCCUCGGCCUCUAUGAGAAGCUUUCUGAAAAACAUGGACCAAAUGGAUUCAUUGUACCUCCCCCGCCAGAGAAGAGCAUCCUGGGUAUGACAAAGGUGAAGGUAGGAAAGGAAGAUUCCUCAUCUGCAGACUUUGUUGAGAGAAGAAGAGGUGCUUUGGAGAGGUAUCUCCAGAGGGUGGUUAAUCAUCCAUCGCUUCUUCAAGAUCCAGACGUCAGAGAGUUCCUGGAGAGAGAAGAGUUACCCAGAGCAGUGAGCACCCAGGCUCUGAGUGGCGCCGGUUUCCUGAAAAUGAUUAACAAAGCAACAGAUGCUGUCAGUAAAAUGACCAUCAAGAUGAAUGAGUCAGAUGUGUGGUUUGAGGAGAAGCUGCAGGAGGUGGAGUCUGCAGACCAGCAGUUCAGGAAGCUCCACGCCCUGGUUGAAUCCCUUGUUGUCCACAGGAAAGAGCUGUCGUUGAACACGGCGAGCUUUGCCAAGAGCGCAGCCAUGCUGGGCAGUGCGGAGGACAACACCGCUCUGUCUCGAGCUCUCUCCCAGCUGGCAGAGGUGGAGGAUAAGAUGGAGCAGUUGCACCAGGACCAGGCUGCAAACGACACCUUCAGCUUCGCUGAGCUCAUCGCUGAUUUCAUCCGCCUGCUUGGAGCCGUGAGGGGGUCGUUUGAUCACCGGAUGAAGGCGUGGCAGCGUUGGCAGGACGCUCAGGCCAUGCUGCAGAAGAAGAGGGAGACUGAGGCCAAACUGCUGUGGGCCAACAAGCCAGACAAACUGCAGCUGGCCAAGGAGGAGAUCGCUGAGUGGGAGGCCAAAGUGACGCAGUAUGAGAGAGACUUUGAAAGAGUAUCUGCCACCGUCCGCAAGGAGGUCGUUCGCUUCGAGAAAGAAAAAGCAAAGAAUUUCAGAAGACAGAUAAUAAAGUACUUGGAGUCUCUGCUUCAGUCUCAGCAACAGCUGAUAAAGUAUUGGGAGGCUUUCUUACCAGAAGCAAAAGCAAUCGCCUAAUCCUUGAGCACCAGCCUUUUGGAUGACAAAACAGGCUGCCUUUUUUCUUAUACACUUUACCUCUUUUGCCUUUAAACCAAGGAAAAUGCGUGCAUUGUAAAGGGAGAUACAAUCAACCUGUUUUUUUUAAUCACCUUUAACAUAAUAGCUCUGUAUUCUAUUGUAUUAAUAAUUGUAUAUUUUCAUUUAACCUUUCCACAGAUAUUUUCUUAUUAGAUGAAAAGAGUUUGCAUAUACAAAGAUAUGGACACAUGAAAAGAAAGAAAGUGUAGAUGAAUGAUUCCAUUGAUUUCCACAAGAGAAGGGAAAAUGAACCGAGUCCGUUGUUCUCAGGAUUUUCUCCCUCGUGUGAUCAGGAUCUCCUUCACAUCAGCAGUGGUUAAUUGUUUACAGCGUGGCUGCUCUAUCAUCAAAUAUUUCUGGGGACCCAGAUGAAGAAAGUGGCCAUGAGUCUCUCUCUUUUCUUUUUCUUUUAAAUGACUUAAAGGGAUAAAAUUACAUUAAAAGAAUUAUGAGCACUUCCACCAGGUGGAUAAAGUAAUUAAGUACCAGCCAUGUUUUCUUUUCUUUCAGAUUUAAAAUACUAUCGAUGCUGAGGGGACGGGGUGCAGGGUAAAGAGAGACAUUAGAUUAGCAAACUCUACAGCUGUGGUCAAGGGUUGCAUUGUACUGUAGGUGAAGCUUGCGGGUUUAAUGUUUUAGAUUUGAUUUCAAUCAUUGUGCAAAAUUUACUCUUGUAACUACACAUGUCUGUGCCUUUUUAAGUAAGAGUGGUGUUUAAGUAAGAGUGGUGUUUUGUCUCCAGACACCGAGUCAAAUCUGUUUGUUUUGGGAGAAAAGUUGUACACAGUUGUGGGCAGCGCGGAGACUCGUUACCUAACAGUUACUUCCACAACAGCCAUAAUGAUAUAAUGAGUGUCAAUGCUAAGAUUAAAGAACAAUACUGGUGUUUUCCAUUUACAAAUUACAUUUUUUUCUUUCUCUACAUUGUUGCCUAUAAUGCUGCAAUUUUUGUAAUUGAUUUUUUCUACUUUCUUGUCAGCCUUUGGAUUCUCUGCUGUAUGAAAAUCAGCCUGCAGAGACUUGACUCAGGUAAUCCUCACAGCGAACGUCACGUCUGAGUCUGUUUUUGUCAAAGCUGCAUCAUUGUUGUGUGGUAAUACUGUACAGUAAGUGUCAGUUGACACAUUUUUAAGGCAUUACCAAGCAAUGAUGACUGAGAAAAAUAUAAUAAAUGCAGACGUGUUCUCACUGUAUGGAUUAGCUGUUUUAAGCAAGUUUCAAGUCUCACAAGUAGAGCAGUGUAAUGUAGUAUUAAUGGAAACUAAAACCUGGACGGUUAGGACAGUUAUGUCCUAGAAUAUCAGGGCUGCAACUAAAAAUAAUUUGAUUAUAGAUUAAUCUGUUGAUUAUAUUUUCAAUCAUGAAAAAUACACAAUAUCCCAGAGCCCAAGGUGACAUCUUGAAAUUGUUUUAUCAGCAUCAGUCCAAAACCUAAAGAUAUUUAAAGGUACCCUGUGGAGUUUUUGACCAGUAAUAGCACUAUGGAGCAGUGCCAGCAUAGGCCAAGAAGAAGACUGUUAGCCAACUUGGUUCUAAACAAUUCAGCUGUCUUCAAAAAAGGUUCUGCAAAUGUUUUAUGUGGAAAGUUCAACACACAUUCAAAAUGUUUGUUAAACUCCUAAUAUACAAAAUGUUUUGGUGAGAAACGAUAAAUGUAGACAUGACUUUAAAAAAUCCACAGGGUAUCUUUAAUUUAAAGAGAGAUAAAUCAGAGAAGAAAAGAAGCAAAUCUGCACAUUUGAGAAAGUGGCACCAGCAAACAUUUGUUUUUUCCACUUGAUUUUUUAAAUGUUUUGUUACUAAACCAUCAAUACUGUCUGAUUUCUAUUAAAUGGGCAAGAGCACGUAAAAACACUGGAAUAGUCCCUUUGAAAAGCCAGUCAGAAAGCACCCGUGAAAUACUAAACGUACUGAUGUCAUAGUGAACCUGAUGCUUCCCCAACACCUCAGUCUGCAGCUUGACAACUGAGUUUUAACAUCAAACCGUAACAAACCUGCGUCACAGCCUCAUGUGGCGGGGUUGCCAUCUUAUGAUUACAGCUUUAAUGUCACAUUUGCACACACAACGCAACUCUCGUCACUAAGGCAUCACUAAACUUGCAGACAUUUCUUUGCACUGUUGUUUUUUUGUUUGUUUUUUCUGACAGAUACAUGCCUAUUUUCAACUGUUGUUAGAUUAAACAACACUUACUAAAACCUGGCUGUUAGUGCGUCCUCAUACUGUCAUCACUUGUCAACGUGCAGAGCAAUGUCAGCAAUGUGCACUGUCAUAGAAAUUCCUUUGAAAAAAAAAUCAAUAAAAGUUGCACUGUUUACACUCUGAGAUUUCAUUAAGAA